UAAGUUUCUCUGUGACGUAACGCUGAAGGCCCCGCCCCGGUGUUCUGAAAAGAACUGAGAGAGACGGAGAUCGAGGACGAACAGAGAGUUUUUGAUGAUGAUGAUAAAGCGCACGGAUGCACCUGCACUUACCGAACAUGGCCCAUCUGGUGUCGUCCAGCGCUGAUCCGCUCUCAUCUAACUCCUGUGAUAUCUACAGCUGACUUCAUCUCGUUCUCUACCGCUGAACAUCAUGCUGUCCGGCAGCUGGCGUCGGGGUACCGUCAUACCCUCUCUGAGCAGCCCGACGGGGAGUAAAGAUGGAUCGGGAUCAGGACUGGGGAGCACUGUGAUUCUGGAGGCUCAGUAUGACUACUCGUACCGCGGGACAGACGGACGUUUGGUCUCUAUAUGCGAGGGCGAACGCUUUCUGCUUCUUAAAAAGACUAACACAGACUGGUGGCAGGCUCGCAGGCUCGGGGUGGGCAGUAAGGUGAAACCAAUAUAUGUGCCAGCCACAUAUGUCAUUGAGUUACCUGUCAGCACGUUCCGCCCCUCGCAGCUCGACAGCCAAUCAGAAUGUGGCAGUUUCAAGAUGAUCUCACGGGGUUCCUGCACACCUUGCAUGCUAUCAUACGGCUCGGCGACUGACAAACAGUUCUGUCGAUCUAUGGAGAAUCUAAGUAAUGGCUCCUCGAGUGACAAACACAAUGCUGGAGUUUCAGUUCGAGGACAUUUCCAAACAUUACCCCCCUCCUCGCCUGGAUCCCUCAUGGUUCAGGGUGGAUUUUUGGGUCAUAGUCAGAGCUCCAGUAAUCUUCCUCAGAACCCAUACCAGGACACAAACUACCCCAGACCCAGUAUAACCCGUCCUACUAAAUCUUACAGUCAAUGGGACGUAGCCAGUGCUACACGCAGACAUACAGACGGAAAUGUACAGCUCUCAUCAUCAGGGUACAUUUCCCAGAAUUCUCCAUCACAGCCGGGCGGGAGGCAGUGGGCGGAGCCUCCAUCACCGUUGCCGGGUCAACGACCUUUGCAGACGCUUCAGGUGUGGGAACAGUACCGUGACCCGAGCUCCGGACGAUUUUAUUAUGUUAACACCGUAACUAAAGAACGUUCCUGGAAACCCCCUCGCAGAGCUCGUGAGACAAGCCAGAACAUGAGCGCUGCAGUGCAUUCUGGGAUGGUUCAGCGUGAUGUCAGACAUCUGUCACUUUCCUUACAGACUUCAGGAAGCAGAGUAACACACAGGCUGUCACCUGACUUCCCCUACAUUACCCAUAAUGCAAAUGCUUGGCAGGUGAAUCAGAAGAUGCAGCGCGCGGCGUCGACCGAAGCUCUCACCUCCUCUUCUUCCAACUAUGAGGAUCCUCUUUGCAGAAGCUCCACCUCCGCUGGGGGUGUGGCACAAAUAAACCACUCCCACUCCAUGUUCCUGCCAACACAAAGAGUUAAUUCUAAUGGAAAGUCAGACUACAGGCUGGACGUUGAAGCUCCAUCAUCAGAUUGCUCACCGGACAGUGAUGGUGUAACUCCGGAGCUGGAAAAGGCGGGUCUGCUCAACAAAACCAAGAUCGCAGAAGGAGGCCGGAAACUGCGGAAAAACUGGAGCCCUUCAUGGGUGGUUUUAGUGGGAAACAGUCUUGUGUUCUUCAAAGACCCUAAAAGCCAAAAUCCUGAGAGCUGGAAACCGGGUAACAGUCGUCCUGAGAGCAGCAUGGAUCUCAGAGGAGCUCAACUUCAAUGGGCCAAUGAGCUGUCCAGUAAAAAAAAUGUCUUUAAGUUGAGGACAGUCACAGGUAAUGAGUUCCUGUUGCAGUCUGAUACAGACUCUCUCAUCAGAGAAUGGUACACAACAAUACAGAAGGUCAUAGACAGACUGGAUGAAGAGAACCCUCUGGAUAAUGUGUUGCUGUAUUCAUUGAGGAGAGCAGGUUCAGCAGAAAUGUUGGACCACAGUGGAGAUGAAGAUGAGAAUCGUCUAGGAUACAGAGCAUCAUUGCCGCGCUCCAUCUCUAACAUAGAGACGAGUGAACGUAAGCGUGUGAAGAGUCGAUUGAAGAAGUUGAUUCUCAGGAGACCUCCGCUGCAGACCCUACAGGAGAAAGGUCUUAUUAAAGAUCAGGUGUUUGGCUGUGGUUUGGAGCUGUUAUGUGACAGAGAUAAAUGUACGAUACCACAGUUUGUCAGGAAGUGUACGGAGGCUGUAGAGAGGAGAGGUUUACAUACUGAUGGGAUUUACAGAGUUAGUGGGAAUCUAGCGACCAUUCAGAAACUUCGCUUUGCUGUCAAUCAUGAGCGCGCGGUGACCACAGAUGGCCGAUAUCUCUUUCCUGAGGAGUUAAUGCAAGACCGUUUGAAUCUGGAUGAUCCGCAGUGGGAAGACAUUCACGUCAUCACAGGAGCUCUCAAACUCUUCUUCAGAGAAUUACCUGAACCUCUCAUACCGUACGACUUCUUCCACGACAUCAUGGAGACCGUCAAAAUAUCUGAUUACCUGGAGAAGGUGGAGAGACUAAAACUUCUGGUCCUCAGUAUGCCUCCAACAAACCACGACACGUUGAGACACAUGAUAAGACACCUGACACGGGUCAUGGAGUGUUCAGACAGUAACCGCAUGACGACUCAGAACAUCGGGAUUGUGUUUGGACCGACACUGAUGCGUCCGGAGAACGAGGGAGGAAACAUGGCCAUUAACAUGGUCUAUCAGAACCAAGCCAUCGAACUUCUGUUGAGUGAAUAUCAGCAGAUCUUUAGCCCUGGACCGACGGGUUCUUACUGAAUGACAGACACUUCAAGCCUGACACACACACACACACACACACACACACACACACACACACACACACAGAGACAUGCACGCAGGCACACACACACACACACACACACACACACACACACACACACACACACACACACACACGCAUGCAUGCAUGCACGCAGACAUGCAUGCAUGCAUGCAUGCACACACACAAACUUUCAUAGUCUUUUGUGUUUUGUCUCAUUAUUCUGACUGGAGAUUCUCAUGAUGGUCACACAAUAUUUUUUUUAAAUCUGUGUAUAACUUAAUGUAUAAGAUGUAUAAAUAUUUUACAACUCACAGUACAGUUAUGAGAAUUUGGGGGGUGUUAAUGAAAAAAAACCAUAUAAAUAUAUAUAUUUGAAUGAAAAUGUUUGUAUUGGGUUUAAUGCUGUUGACAGGUUUCAUCUGUGUAUUUGUGUGGUUUGAGUGCCUUUGACUGAUUUCUGUUUCAAAGCAUUUUAAAGCUCAUCUCUAUUUAAUGCACAAUACAAACGAUGAAAACCUGUCAGAUGAAAGCUGUAUGUGUCAUAAAGAUCAGCUCAGGUCAAAAGUUGAAUGAGUUUUAUUGCGCUUGAGUCAUUUACUCGCCUUUUAAUGAAAUAAAUCUGCUUACAUUUCACUCCAAAAUGAAACGUAAUUCCUGUUGUAUUGUUCAAGUGUGGUACGUGUGUGUAAGUGUGUGUUUGUGUAUCUUUGUGUGUGAUAGAGGAAGUUCAGUGUGCCACUCUCUGUAAAGGCGGAGCUCUUCGCUGCCAUUUGUCCAAAAUUCUGCUUUUAAUAACAGAACAAAAGAAGAACUAAAAAUGCAUAUGUUUAAAAAAUGUGUAUCCCCCACCGCCCCACGUCGUGGUUUGGUAAUUUUAUAUGCACUGUGGCUUUGGCUCGAGACAAAAAGAGCAAAGCAGAAGAGGAGGGAAGGCACACGAAGAUUUUAAUAUUCACUUUUAUAUAUUUUUAUUCUCUUAUUAUUGCGAUCCUUUGAGGUUUCUACCCAAACUAAAAAGUUAAUUACUUUACGAAGACAUUCAGGAUUGAAGGUGUCUUAAAGAUCUCUAACAUGUUGAGAUGAUGAUCAUCUUAAAGAAACAUUUAUAUUUAAUGAUGUAAUAGUUUACUCACUUUUAUGUUGUUUCACACCUGUAUGAUGUUCAGAUGAAAGCUGUCAAUCAUCAGUCGAGCUGCUUAACAAGCAAACAAACACGAAGAGAAAAUCACAAGCGUUUUCUCAAUGUAUCUUUGAUGUCAAUAUUCAUCUGCAGCUCUCAUUCACACUUCUGUUUAUGAUCUGGUUUGUGUUGAUGUGGCAGUGUUGUGUUGUGUUGUGUGUGUUUGUGUUCAGUCAUAAUGAAGAUGAAUAAAUGACAACAUAAUGUGUGUAAUA